AUGGCAAAGACCGCGUUGUAUCGGCUUAAUCGCACUGCCAAGGCGGUGUCCGUUGACAAGAAGACGCGGAAGGAAAUCGCAAAGGAUUCGGGGAAGCCCGCGUCCAAACCCAUCGCAGUUAUCCCCAAAGUUGGUACCAGUGCGUUGGACAACGAAAAGAUCUCCGUCAGCGUGCCCACGUUAGAGAAGGCGAUCGACGCACUGCAGGCCCGCGCAGCUGCUGAGCGGGAAAGCCGCACCCGCAACCUUCUGGAGGACCCAUCGGGAUCGUACGUGUACCUUCAAGUGUAUUUGAAGAAGGUAUUUACGGAAACCCACGUUCGUCCCCUGCAGAUCAAGCUGGGUAAUCCAAUUUACCGUGGCAAGGACGUAUGCGUGUUCGUCAAGGAUCCCCAGAAGCAGUGGAAGAAAGUACUUACUGAGUUGAAAGUACGCGAAGUCAAGAAGGUGAUUGCAGUGGACAAGCUGCGUAAAAAGUACCGCGAAUACAAAGACCGGAGGUUGCUGGUGAAUAGCUUUGACCUGUUUCUCAGCGACAAGGCAGUGGCGCCGUCGCUACCCUCGCUACUGGGCAAGAUUUUUAUGGAAAAGAAGAAGCUGCCCAUAUCGCUAACCUUUAACCGUGAGGGCAUGCGUGACCGUAUUGAGGAAGCCAUCCAGUCCACAUUCUACAGAGUAUCGCACGGCAACUGCAGCGGUGUGAAGGUUGCCCUCACCUCUAUGACCCGCGAGCAGAUCGUAUCCAACGUUUUGAAGGUGAUAGAGGCGAUUAAGAAAUUCCAUAUGCGCGACGAGAAGUUCAAGUCAAAAAUAUCGGGUAUAUACUUGAGCUGGGAGGGCGCAGAGUCACUCUGCCUGUACAGCGAGGAACUCGAGGCAGUCGAGGAUAUCAUCGGUGCUGCGGAAGAAAAGAAGUCGCAAAAGUCCUGA